GCAAGUGGUGGCCUCUUCGACUUCUUGACUUCUACUAGCUAGCUAAAUCUAUCGUACUGGUAUUGUGGAGCAUAUUAUUACUGGCUCAGCAAGCAAGGAGUUGUGAUACUAACGUAGAUAAUUAUCGAAAGGGCAAGAUGGACUUUGCUUCUGGUCUAGCGAACUUGGAGCAGUCAGCAGCGAAUGCGCAGAACCGUCGACGAGGACGUGACAACCAGGACGACCAUAACCGCGACGAUCAUCGACGGUACCAAGCGAGGCCUCGACGCGACAACUACCAUCCGCGAGAUAACAACAACUAUGAUCGCGGUGGAAGACACAACAAUAACAACAGCAACAAUCGAGGAGAUCGAUCUCUGGAUGGAUUGGCCCGCUUUGGCUACCGUCUUCCCCGAUCUCCCUAUCAUCGACCACCUCCCAUUAGCGCCCACAACAGCGACCGUCCUCUCCAUAUCUGUCUCUUGGCCAUUACCAUUGACGAACUACCGUACGAACACAUUUGGAAAGCAUGGGCUGCCGACGCCAGUAAGAACAGUCGCUACCAUGUGAGUCUCGUUUGUCACGCCAAAUAUCCCGACAAGGUCACCUCCAAAUGGUUGCAGCAACGCAUGCUCUUGCAUCCACGCCGCAUUGUACGGGGUAAUUCACUCUCGGAUCCUGAAUUCCUCUCCCAUCAACCCGCAUGGGGAUCCGUAGAAAUCACACGGGCCAUGAUCGAUCUACUCGUGGCGGCCAUGCAAAUGGGACGCAAGGGAGAACGAAACAAGGAUCACGAAGAUCCAAGAUUUCAUCCCAAUCGAUUCUGUAUGACGGCAGACAAUGACGAUGAGGAUGUCCAAGAGUUGGCCAAACGAGAUGUUCCUCCCGUGGACAAAUUCAUUUUCAUUAGUGAAACUUGUAUCCCUGUCACUACCUUGGAGGAAACCGUACAGGCACUCUUUUUUGGACCCAAAUGUUUUGCCGCAAGGCCAAAGUUUACUCCACCGCCACCCAAGAAACCUGCAGCCGAAGGUGAUGCAAAGGAGGAAUCGCAAUCUGCAGCCGACAAACAAGAAGAGGAAGACAAAGAUAAGCAAACGGAAGCAAACUCUGACGAAGCAGCGGCAAAGGAGGAACAAGGCGCAAAAGGAGAAGACGAAGACAAUGAGAAGGAAGAAAAAGAUGAGUCCGAGGAGAAAGCGGACGAGGAGCCAGCUUCGACCUCGGAACCCAAAAAUGAGGAAAGUGACGACAAGACUACCAAGGAAACAGCUAAAGAAGACAAGAACAGUACUAUGGCCGAUGCAACCACAACCACAGCAACACCCUCAUCGUACAAAAUGAUCUACUUGGAUGUCUCAUGGGUAAAUGCACGAAACUUCAAUUCGCCAAAUACUCCUUCCAACAAGUACGAACGGGAUCAAUUCAAUGGCAUUAAUAGAGUGGUACCCAAACGCUACCGAUGGAAAGCAGAUCAAUGGAUGUGCUUGAGUCGCACUCAUGCGGCCGCCAUUUUGGACCUGGAUCGCAAUGGAAACAUUAUUCCGCCCAAAGAUCAGCUCUGGAAUUCCUUUCGCCGUAUCAAUGCCAGUGAUGAAAUGUACUUUCCAACAGCAUUGGCGUUGGCGGGUGUACUCGUGGAUACUUCCACGACGCACAACAAUAGCAGCAACAGCAACAACAACAAUAGUGCUGCCAGGAGUCCUCUCAAAUGGACGCCGCCGCCAGGAGUGCCACCACCAAAACAAGACGAAUCCAAACAAGCAGAAUCACUGCAGCCACCUCCACCGCCACCGAAAGUACCACCACCAAAGCAACAAUCCGAAGGACUGGCGUGGCUCGAACAACGUCGCAUCACAUACACCGAUUGGUCCAUGGGGGCGAGAAAUCCGGCCUGUUUUACCAAGGGGGUUCGAGAUUUCCGAAAUAUUGCUCGAUUGGCAAGAGAGCAAAAGUGCUUGUUGGCGAGGAAGUUUGCGCCGUUUCAGGAGAUUCCUGGACAAGACAAGGAUGCCGUGGAGCGAACUGGAGAAAUUUCCGUGGAAGAGUGGAAGCAAGAAAUGCAAACCAUCGUGGAGCAAACCAACAAGGUAUAA